AUGGCCGACACAACCACAACCUCCGCCAAGCGCCAGAGACACAACAACCUCGAUAAUGACGAUAAUGACGACUACGACGACGACGCCCCCCCGCGCAAACGCUCCACCACAAACUCCCCUCCCCCGUACCCAACCGAAACCGACAACCCCCCCACGCGCCGCUACACCAGACAAGAAAGCUCAGAAGAGCGGCGCUACUACCGAUCACAAACGCGCUCACGCUCCCCCACGCAAUCCCCACACGCGGCCCCAAACCCCAGUCCGUCAAAACCCACAGCCCUGCACUACAAGCCCACGCUCCUCCUGCACGGCCACAAAAAACCCAUAUCCUCCAUAAAGUUCUCGCCAGACGGCCGCUACCUCGCCACCGCCUCCGCAGACUGCACCAUAAAGCUCUGGGACGCCACGACCGGCCACCUCGAACACACGCUAGAAGGCCACCUAGCAGGAAUAAACAUCAUCUCCUGGGCGCCCGACAGCGCCACCCUCGCCUCAGGCAGCGACGACAAAAGCAUCCGCCUCUGGGACGUCAGCACGGGUCUCGCGCACCCCACCCCCUUAAUCGGACACCACAAUUACGUCUACAGCCUCGCCUUCAGCCCGAAGGGCAACAUGCUCGUAAGCGGCAGCUACGACGAAGCCGUUUUCCUAUGGGACGUGCGCGCAGCGCGCGUCAUGCGCAGUUUACCCGCCCAUUCCGACCCCGUCAGCGGCGUGGACUUUGUGCGCGACGGCACGCUCAUCGUGUCCUGUUCCCACGACGGCUUGAUCCGCAUCUGGGACACGGCGACGGGGCAAUGUCUGCGCACGCUUGUGCAUGAGGAUAACGCGCCGGUUAGCUCCGUGCGCUUCUCGCCCAAUGGGAAGUACGUGCUCGCCUGGACGCUGGAUUCUAGUAUCCGGCUGUGGAAUUAUGCUGAGGGGAAGGGCAAGUGCGUUAAGACGUAUCAGGGGCAUGUGAAUACGGUGUACUCGCUUGCGGGCGCGUUUGGGACGUAUGGACAUGAUGAGGCGUGUUUGUGGGCGUUUGUUGCGUCGGGGAGUGAGGAUGGGGGGGUCGUGUUGUGGGAUGUUAGUUCGAAGGAGGUCCUGCAGAGACUGGAUGGGGGGGGUGAGGCGGUGUUGGCGUGUGAUACGCAUCCCAGGAGGAGGGUGCUGGCUUGUGGGGGGUUGGAUCGGACGGUUAGGGUUUGGAGUGCUGAGGGGGAAGGGGGGGAUGAAGGGAGGGAAGGGGAAGGGGGGGAUGGCGAUGUGGAGAUGAACGGUACUGGCGAUGGGAGUGUGGAUAAGAGUGAAACCGCAGAUACGAACGGAAAUAUUAACGCAAACGAAUAA